ACGCCCUACCACCAUGUCUUCCGCGGCAGCAAGAGCAGAGGCGCGACGAAAGGCAAUUCUCAGCCGCGGCGGUGACCGCCUCGCAAAACUCACAUCGUCAGCAAGGGGCGAGGAUGCCUCCGCGUAUUUGAACGAAGACCGGCCGCUCGCGCCGUCACCAAACAUAACAAAUGUCGAAACGUUCAUAGGGGAGCAAUCUGAUCUCCCAGCUCCUUCCGCCGCUACGAGUAAUGCGCGUGCUUCCCGCAUCCCGCGUCCGUCUCAGACUGCGAGUCCUCGUGCCACUGUGUCAUCGUCCCCGAGAAUGCAGCAAUCUGCGAAUGCGCAACCAAAUCCAGUGCAGGAGGAGCAGUUGAGACAGUUGCAAGAGAUGCUGACUGGCGUUGGGGCCUCGCCGUCGCUGCCUCAGCUUGGCGAAGAUCCCUUCGCUGCUAUGAUGUCAAGCCUUGUACAGCCUGGCAAUACGCCGCGGAUACCAGCCGAAAAAGCUGCGAUGGUCAAGCCGAAGACUCGUCUUCAGAAAAUGAUCCCUCUCAUUCACCUGCUCGCGGCUUGGGCAUUGCUCGCAUACUUCGUGCUGUGGAAGGAGCCAGAGAAGUACGAGUCACAAACUCACGACGCGACAUCAGGGAACUUCUGGGGACGAUGGGCAGAGUUGGGUUGGAAGAGCCCCGGAGAGGGCUGGGGAGUGCAGACUGUACCUUUCUUUUGGGCACUAAGUGCUCUAGCAUUAGUCCUGCAUUCAUGGCGCAUCCUAUCCAAAACGAAUACGCCGCAACCGCCAAUGCUGCUCGCUCUCGCACUUCCCCAUCUUCCUCCGCCAAUCCCAUCAAUCAUCACCAAUGGGAUGGCAUAUCUGCAAAUUGGCGCCAUAUUUCUAGAUGAUAUAGCAGCAUUAUUGGUUGGCAUAGGGCUCCUGAUAUGGGUUGCAGGCUGGUUGGCGGUUUGAGAAGUCACCAUGGAUUGUAUGAUAGUAAUUGACUCGGUUGUGCGAUGCCUCACCUAUUGCAUGAGCUAUUCGCGCAUACUAGAGCAUGUCAUAAGUGCGCGAAUAAUGAUGAUACAUGACACCCUAUGGAAGAACUGCAGCAGCACCAGUUUUGCCCGGGUGAAUCAGAGGAGUGGGGGCUGUCUGGGUCUUUGGUUUUGUUGCAGCGACUGGAAGGUCCACGAUAGGAAGACCAGCGACAAUCCUGUCCUCCUUCCACUUUUGCCAUGCAUCGCCGCCUCCCA